GCCUAUCCCGCCCGGGAUUUCGAAGGGAAGAGACUCGCUGCUCGGCCAGCGCAGUGCGUGCGUGAGCGCAGCUUUGCCCAGCCAAAUCUGCGGCCAGCGCCGGCGCGGGUGUGAAAAGUCCUCGUGGCCACCGCUGCCGCCGCCUCCCUCUCCCUCCCUUCCUCCCAGCAGGCGCUCCUUCUCUCUCUCUCUCUCUCUCUCUCUCUCUCUCAGUCAUCAGUCACUCCGCGCCUGAGUCGAGCCAGCGGCGCCCGGGGAGUCUCCCUCCCUCCCGCCCUUCUUUCUCUGCCUCGCAGACGGAGUCGCCGGCUUGACUUACCCCAGUGACUCCCGCGGUUGCCGGCCUCAGCGAUGGCUUCCCACAGCGGGCGGAGAGGCCGGGAGCGGCCGGAUCCCGCGGCGGCUGCGGAGGAAGAUCUGCCCGUCUACCUGGCGCGCCCGGGCACCGCCGACCAAGUGCCCCGCCAGAAGUAUGGCGGGAUGUUCUGCAGCGUGGAGGGCGCCUUCGAGAGCAAGACGUUGGACUUCGGGGCUCUCAACGUGGGGCAGCGCGGAGCCCGCCGCGCCCCAUCUCGGAACCAGGAACCCCAGCAACAGCAGCAAUCGGAGGCGGAGGCAACCCCGAAGGAGCCCCCGGCCGGCGGCGUGGAAAUCCUCCCCCCCUCAGGCAAACAGCGGCUGCAAAACCUCGGCCACGAGGAUUACAAGAGUGACCGUCUUCUUAUUAAAGGAGGAAGAAUAGUCAAUGAUGAUCAUUCUUUUCAUGCUGACAUUUACAUGGAGGAUGGUCUUAUAAAGCAAAUUGGUGACAACUUAAUAGUUCCUGGAGGAGUGAAGAUUAUAGAAGCCAAUGGGAGGAUGGUUAUCCCUGGUGGAAUUGAUGUCCACACUCACUUGCAGAUGCCCUACAAAGGAAUGACAGCUGUGGAUGACUUCUUCCAGGGGACAAAGGCAGCCCUGGCGGGUGGGACUACCAUGAUCAUUGACCAUGUUGUACCUGAAACUGAAUCAAGCCUGGUAGAAGCUUUUGAGAAAUGGAGAGAAUGGGGUGAUGGGAAGGCUUGCUGUGACUACUCCUUGCAUGUGGACAUCACCCACUGGAAUGACAGCGUCAAGCAGGAAGUGCAGACACUCAUCAAAGAGAAAGGAGUUAACUCUUUCCUGGUUUACAUGGCCUAUAAGGAUUUGUACCAGAUGUCAAACACAGAGCUGUACGAAAUAUUUAGUUUCUUAGGAGAACUUGGUGCAGUAGCUCAGGUUCACGCUGAAAAUGGGGACAUAAUUGCACAGGAGCAAGCUAGGAUGUUGGAGAUGGGAAUAACUGGCCCGGAGGGUCAUGUGCUAAGUAGACCAGAAGAGUUGGAGGCUGAAGCUGUCUUCCGUGCCAUCACCAUUGCCAGCCAGACCAACUGCCCCUUAUAUGUGACUAAAGUGAUGAGCAAGAGUGCAGCUGAUCUGAUAUCACAAGCCCGGAAAAAAGGCAAUGUUGUGUUUGGUGAGCCAAUCACAGCCAGUCUUGGAACAGAUGGAACCCAUUACUGGAGUAAGAACUGGGCAAAGGCUGCUGCAUUUGUGACUUCCCCACCUCUAAGUCCAGAUCCAACAACCCCAGAUUACAUCAACUCCUUAUUGGCCAGUGGGGACCUCCAAGUCUCUGGAAGUGCGCAUUGUACAUUCAGUACAGCACAGAAAGCGAUUGGGAAAGACAACUUCACCAUCAUUCCAGAGGGAACCAAUGGCAUUGAAGAACGGAUGUCUGUUAUAUGGGACAAAGCUGUGGCUACAGGGAAAAUGGAUGAAAACCAGUUUGUGGCUGUGACAAGCACCAAUGCUGCCAAGAUCUUCAACAUGUACCCAAGGAAGGGCAGGAUUGCUGUUGGGUCAGACAGUGACCUGGUCAUUUGGGAUCCCGAUGCAGUGAAAAUUGUAUCUGCUAAAAGCCACCAGUCAGCAGCUGAAUACAACAUAUUUGAAGGAAUGGAGCUCCGUGGAGCCCCUCUGGUUGUCAUAUGUCAGGGAAAGAUCAUGCUUGAAGAUGGCAACCUUCAUAUAACACAGGGCACAGGACGAUUCAUUCCUGGCAUCCCAUUUUCAGAUUAUGUCUACAAGCGCAUCAAAGCAAGGAGGAAGAUGGCUGAAAUGCAUGCUGUGCCAAGGGGCAUGUAUGAUGGGCCUGUGUUUGAUUUGACUACCACACCUAAAGGAGGUACCCCUGCAGGUUCUACUCGGGGUUCUCCUACUAGGCAGACAGCACCUGUAAGGAAUCUUCACCAGUCUGGAUUUAGUUUAUCAGGUACUCAGAUUGAUGAAGGUAUUCGCUCGGCCAGCAAGCGCAUAGUAGCCCCUCCUGGGGGGCGUUCCAAUAUAACAUCUCUAAGUUAAACUUCCAGUCAUUGAGAAAAGAAAGAAAAUGGAAAACCAUUAUUUGGGAAAAACAGCAAUGGUACCUUGAUAUUUAAGAAAAAAAGAGCAAUGGAGAAUUCAGAUUUUGAAGAAUCAAUAAGCCUCAAGCCUUAUGUUUCAUAAAAUGCUACUCGCUACCUAGCUUUAAAAAAAUAUUGCGGGUUUCCUUUUUUGUUUAUUCAUAGCCUUAAUAUUUUCCCCAUUUUUUUUUACAUGCAUGCAAAUCUGACAGGUGAUUAAGUUAAAAUAUGUAAUUGUACACAGUGAGUGCUUGUGCAAGGAACUCGUAAGAAAGGGGCUGGAGAAAAGAGGGAGUGGCAUGAGCGAGCUCUUUAGCCAGGGUGCUUGUGCAAAAUCAACCCAGGAGUUUAGUAUGGGGAGGGGGGGCAGAAGACGGUGGGCCAAGGUAGUGGGAGGUGGAUUGGGGGAGGGGGGGCAGUAGAUCUUUGUAUUGUGUCCAUGUUCUUCUGUUUCCACUCAGUGCUGACGAGACAAAGAUGCCUCAAAACAAUCAUGAGGCUGUUGGAAAACUCAAAUCAUCUUUGUAGUGGCUCUGUUGUAUCACAUUUUCCUGUUAGAAACUUUAUUACUUCGUACAUUUUAUUGAAUAAAAAAUUGAAAGACAUUUUCUUUCUAAUUGACUUGCUUCGACAAAGUAAUGUGUGUCUCUUUCAUUUCCGUUCCUUUGAGACAAAGCGGGGUGGUGGUGGUGGAGGAUGCGAUUCUGAAUUGCAGGAAAACACAUCCAAUUAUCUUAGGAUUGAUAGUCACAUUAACUUAUUUAAUGCCCAUCCAUGAUGUCUGUUUUCACAUCACAUAAAGUUAUUAGUGACUCGCCCAGGGAAGUUGUAGCAUCUUCUUUGCUCGGGAGGGCAUGAUGGUUAUUCUUUCAGUAUUUUCAUUUCUCCCUCCAACUGUGGAAGAGUUAAGAGCAUCCUGGGUGUCUUUUGAUUUUGCAGAGCUCUCAAAUCAGUAGAAUUGCCACUUCAGUUUUGAAGUUUGAAAAGAUUGUCUAAGUACAAGUUUUACCUUCCUCCUUUGUAUAACUUCAUUGUCCAUCAGUUGUUGGUUACCAUUUCUACAGCAAUGGAAUACACAUUUUAAUUUGCUCUGAGAGAGUGUGUUUAUUUUGGAAAGCACUUGCUUUUAUUUAAGUAAGCAAGUACCAAGCAAAGUAAAAACAACUUUACUCAUCUUCCAGUUUCUCUCAUUUUUCCUGCCAUUAGCAGAGCAACACUUUGAAGGGAAGAGUUCUUUAAAAAAAAACACUUGAAAGCAUGCUAUUACAAUAAAACAGAUUUUCAUCCACCCACUUACAACGGUCUACACCUGAAUAUUGUCCUAUAUAUUGUCAAAUACAUCUCUUCAAAAUCUUUUGAAUAUCUCUGACCUGUAUACAAAGGUCG